AUGGUUAGGAAAGCUGCUGUAACCACGGUCUCUAAUGGGAGCUACUUGCAGGGGCAAGCUAAUGGCAGGUUGCCCUCUAUGGACAGCGGACAGCCGGCCCCGGAGGGAAAAGUUGUGCUGAAGAAGAAAGUGACACUUUUGAGGGGGAUAUCCAUCAUAAUUGGCACUAUCAUUGGAGCUGGCAUCUUCAUCUCUCCCAAAGGCAUCCUGAAGAACACUGGCAGCGUGGGCAUGUCCUUAACUGUCUGGACAGUGUGUGGUAUCCUCUCGCUCUUCGGUGCCCUCUGCUAUGCUGAACUAGGAACAUGCAUUAAGAAAUCUGGUGGUCACUACACCUAUAUCCUGGAGGCCUUUGGCCCAUUACCUGCUUUUGUGAGAGUCUGGGUUGAAUUACUCGUCAUUCGCCCUGCUGCCACAGCAGUGAUAUCGUUGGCAUUUGGACGUUACAUUUUGGAACCUUUCUUUAUGCAGUGUGAAAUCCCAGAACUUGCAAUUAAACUUAUUACAGCUGUUGGUAUCACGCUGGUGAUGGUCCUGAAUAGCACGAGUGUCAGCUGGAGUGCCCGCAUUCAGAUUUUCCUUACCUUUUGCAAGCUUGUAGCAAUUCUGAUAAUUGUAGUCCCUGGAGUUAUCCAGCUAAUUAAAGGAGAAACACAGCACUUUAAAAAUGCCUUUGCAGGGAAUGAUGCCAGUGUUAUGGGAUUACCACUUGCUUUCUAUUCAGGAAUGUAUGCCUAUUCAGGCUGGUUUUACCUCAAUUUUGUUACUGAAGAAGUGGAAAACCCUGAAAAAAACAUACCCCUCGCAAUAUGCAUUUCAAUGAUUAUCGUCACAGUUGGCUAUGUGUUAACAAACGUGGCUUAUUUCACUACAAUCAGUGCUGGGGAAUUGCUGCUUUCAAAAGCUGUAGCAGUGACCUUUGCGGAACGACUAAUGGGAAACUUUUCUUUAGCUGUACCAGUAUUUGUUGCUCUCUCCUGCUUUGGAUCUAUGAAUGGUGGCACUUUUGCGGUUUCCAGGAUGUUCUUCGUUGCAUCCCGCGAGGGUCACCUUCCGGAAAUUCUCUCCAUGAUUCAUGUCCGCAAGCACACUCCUCUGCCAGCUGUCAUUGUUUUGCAUCCUCUCACAAUGAUAAUGUUAUUCAACGGGGAUCUCUACAGCCUCCUGAAUUUCCUCAGUUUUGCCAGGUGGCUUUUUAUUGGACUAGUAGUUGCUGGGUUGAUUUAUCUCAGAUAUAAACAUCCUGAUAUGCCUCGUCCUUUCAAGGUGCCUCUAUUUAUUCCAGCGUUGUUUUCCUUCACCUGCCUCUUCAUGGUUGCAUUGUCACUUUACUCUGAUCCAGUGAAUACAGGGAUUGGAUUUGCAAUAACCCUGACCGGAGUUCCUGCCUACUACCUCUUUAUUGUAUGGGACAAGAAGCCAAGGUGGUUCAGAAAGCUCCUCGACAAGGUAACUGUAACAUUGCAAAUCCUCUUGGAAGUCAUCCCACCAGAGGAAGACCAGAAAUCAUGA